AUGAGUGCGUCAGCGCUGGCUUCAAAGAUGUUCCAGGCAAUCAGCGAAUGCGACAGAGAUACGCUGAAGGAACUUCUGGAAGAACAGCCCGCCCAACUAAACGACAUCAAAACGGUAGAUAAGAACUUUGGCAACGUUUUUUAAAAUUCUUCUCGUGACAAGUUAAGACUACAUUUAAGUAGUUUGUUUUCGCAUUUUUUAUGCACGCUGUGCGUCCAUGAAUACGUCUUUCAUUUCUUUGUGUAUGACCUUCUACAAGGGGUAAAAGACGUACUUUAAUCGACUUCUUCGGCAAAAAUUAUGGAAGUAUUCCACGACAUGUUUGCUUUAAAUUUAUCUAACAGAAACCCUUAUGAAGUUUAGCAAAAACCUGUUGAGGGAAGUGGUUAAAAAUCCGUGACAGAGAUUUAAAUCUUUUAUAUUUCCAGUUAAAUAGUAUUAUUUCACUGCCCCCACAACUUCAAACUUGGAACAGUUUUUGUUAUUGACGUUAUGAUAAUCUAUAUUUUGCUAAAACGGUUGAAAAUAUUGUUAUUUUUAUUCCCAGUGUUUAAGUGAUUGUUAUUUACUGUACUUAAAAGUUGACAAGCCGUGUUUAAGUUUGGGUUUUUUUUCCACGGAUUCGCAGAUCUUUUCGGAUUCUUAAAGGUAGCGAAUACACAAUUUUUAAUUGUUUCUGAUAUUUCUUCCUUAAUUGUUUGCGUGGAAAAUUCAUCACUCAUCUUACUUUGACUAGUCAUGUUUUAUUUUUACUUAAUGUUUACAAUCUAAAAUUAGAAACAGCCUACAAAAUAUUUUCGUGUUUUCCUUUUUUCGGUCAUUCAAGAUAAGGAAUCUUCGCUUUAUUUUUUCAAAUAUUUUUUGUCAAGUACAAUUUACGAGUGUAGCUCUUCGAGGACUUACUCUGUCGUUGAGACAGAAGAUGUUUACCUUCCCCUUAAUUAAUAUUAUUUAACCCACCAUGCAUAGAAAAGUAGUUUUAAUUUUCGUUGCUCCGUAAUUAUUUCCUAUAACAGUUGUUCCAGCACCAACACAAUUCUGUAAUAAAUUUGAUUUCCUUUGCAGAAAUUUUCGGCUUCUUGCCUUUUUAAAUGUGGCUUUGAAACACAACAUUCAACCUCAGUAAAGCUCUUUCAAGACCACUCAUAAAAGUUUAAAUAUCCAACCAUAUUUAUGAUGCCAUGCAUCUCAUUCGUUAUGUUAGUUAUAUAACGCUUUCUUUAAAUUCGAGAAUUUCAGUUUAUUUUGGGUUAGUUUUUACCCCUGGCUUUCUUGUAAUAUUCACCACAGUUUUCCUCUUGACAGUUUUAUUGUCUUUGUGUGAAUCGAUCGUGACUGUCUGACUCGUGUUUCAAUUUCAAAUAUUGGAAAUGUCAGCAACAACUUUCCCCAAGGUUGAAGCUGUCAAAAUUUUCAUUAGAAGCGUAUACAAAACGCAUAUUAUAGAAGUCAAACAUGACUUGUUAACUCUUUAUCACGUUCAAGGCACAGCUUUUAAUCACACGUUGCUAUAGUUUCUUAGUCCUUUCCCUAAAUCUUUAUUAUCCUUUAUCAAGAAGUCCAAUUUGUCUUUUCAUUCAAGUUCUGAGAAUCUGGAUUCACAUUUCGAUGCCUAUGCCUAUGCCUAACGUUUGGUAAAACUUAGUUUGAAUAUAAUUAGCCAUCUGCUUGAAAGCAAACAUAUAAAAAUAAUAACAUGAUUUAGACUUCGACGCCAUGAAAAUUGUAAAAAUUGUAAAACUUCCGGUUUCUCAUCAUAAUACCUGCAUUACUGACUAAACUGGGGUCCCUUUGAUCAGAUAUGAUCUGAAUUAGGUCAGAGAUGUUUUCGCGUAAGUCGCUAUUCGCACACCUGUUUUCUUUGUGAAAACAGAAAAAAAUCGUGCAAAUAAAUCCUGCAAAGCUCUCUUGGAAAUAUUUUUCCUUUUUUUUUCCUCAAAGCAGUCAAAAAUAAGUUAAGUUUCCUAAAGGUGGCUUCUUUUUUCUGAAACAUUUUGGUGCAAUUGUGCCGAUUUUCACUCAAAAACACUUCAAAUCGAUUGUUUUCAUAUUACCCUCUUUUAAUUUCCGUUUUUGAAUUCUUUUUCCAUCUCUCACAUCUGUUAAGUAACAAAAAAGUCUGCAAGAAAUGCAGACGUCAGAAAUCAUUAAGAACUUAACGGAACAAGAAGUAAUUUGUCAUUGCAAGUCGAUAUAUUCGAGAGAGAGAGAGCCUUGCAAUAUCGAUACUGUAAUCCAAGUAACCCAAAUCGUCGUCUGCGGAAAAGUUUCUUGACAACAAUGGAAAAACUUUUGUACCGCCUUCUAGGUGGAAACAUUAAAACAGUGUUAAUAUCGAGUUGUUUGUGACUAUAUUUAAUUUUUUUUAAUUUAAAGGUUUUAAUGAAACAAUACAGUUUGUCGCUAAAGUUUAUUCCCUAAGGCGUAUAGAAAGUUCGAAAUUGAUGAUCAUGAUAUUAAAAAUGUAAAACAUCUCAAGAUUGACCUUACUGUUUUGCACCUGUUUUAUUUUGUCAGGUCAUCGAAGACUCUAAUUUUUCUGCGCUUUUCGCUGACUUAAAAGGUUGGAAGUUUAGUCUAUGCCAGUGUUCUCGAUCAUGUUAAUUACCCAGAUGAAAAAAUUUCCUCUCAUGGGUUGUUACAGUUAAACUGCUUACUAGUUCAUGAUAAAUGAUCUCCGUGGUUUUUUUAAGGACACUAGCUAAGCUCGGAUAUGGUAGACUAUGGAAAAACAAUCAAGUUGGACAAGCCAGUGAAACGAAAUUGUUUCUGUUCUCUGAGUGACGGUUUCUUUUCAGUCAUUGCAUAAUCACACUUAACGAAGCAAUAUACUGGAGAAAAACUAGGCUCAUUGUGUAGAUCUGAGAGAGUAGCGCGAUUUGUUGCGGCUUAGUUUCAGGAAGGCUUCGUUAAGUGGAGACGGGGAUUAGGGACGUUGUUUAAGUAAUUUGAUGCCGCGCUUCAGCAAGGAGUCGGUUGGAAAAAUAUUUUAUGGAUUGUAAGAUCUGAAGAUAGCUGAAAAAGAAUCAGUACAAGGUGUUUUAAACUCCUGCGCGGUGAUAUUCGCGAUAAACUGCCAAAUUAAAAAAAUGUACAUCUGGGUUAAUAUUAUGUGAAGAAGUAUUUUUUUUUUUAAGGCGGUGAUUCUGUGAAACUUCUCAUGAACUGGGCCAUACAUUAGUCAAGCGGCUGUUAUUACAACACAUCUAUUCAGAAAUAACCGACAGCGUUCUUUCUUCGCGCCCUCCAGCACCUCGUUGGAGUGGGGGCGCGUGUUGAAACGAUGAAAAACUAAUUGCUCCUGAUGUAAUGAAAAUGUAACUUUUUCUCACAGUAUCGAAAAUAUUACACAGUAAACAGGUUAUAAAAAACGUAUCAGGAAGGAUUUAACAUCUUGAUAAUCAAAUCACCAAAAGCCUUUGCAAAUUUACAAAAAAAUAUGGAGAAGAAGAUAGAGCGAUCAAUUCUCUUUGGAAGUUAAGGAAUUUACCGGAUAAAUUUUACUUAACGGUCCGUUGUAAAACUCCAAGAGAUAAGGAGGCUGAAAACUUAAAUUGGUAGCAAUGGCCCGGCAUUCAGUUACGUAACUGAAUUGCUCCACCUAAUCUAUCUUGCAGUUCACUGUUGUGUAGGAUGAUGCAUUAAGAUAGAUGUGAUAAUACGAGAUUAAUAAUCAAUGAUGUAAGAUAGCCAGACUACUGAUCUCGUAGCCGAAGGGUAAAGCUCUUGAAACAGAAAUUUGGUCGUAACGGCGCCAUCAUCUCUUAGUGUCUCGUGUUCGAGCUUAAAUUAAGUUAACCAUAGUUUAACCCAUUAACUCUCAAGAUCUGACUGUUAAUUCUCCUCUUUGGCUGCUACACAUUCCCUAAUAAAUUAGUUACAAGAAUUUGGUGUUUUAUCAUGAAAACACCAUCUACCUGAUCAGCAUGAGUAUUCGCAUUACUUGUUCAAAAAUGUCUGGUAUUAGUUAAACAUGUUUUCACGUAGACAUAACAAGAGCCCGUUGUCGCUUUUUUUUUUUAAUAAAACCAUUCUUGCCUAAAGUAUUUUCUUCUUAAUUUGUGGAAACCCAGAGAAAUAUUUUUAAUCGAUUAAAACUGUGUGUGUGUGUAUAUGUUGGUAAGCCGAGGGGAAGGAAGUUCAGAAGAGAAGAGGGAGAAACAGAAGACACUCUCCGAGUAAAUAGAUGUAACAAAAGAGGAAGUGACAGCUGUAUCAUUGGAUCCCUUCUCGUGGUUUUGCUGCUUCCACGGGUUACUCGACUAUAGAAAUAGUUGAAGAUUUGUGAGUUCUAUGCUCCAUGUUUCGCUCAAAAUGCAACAAUCUUAACUUUGCUAAUGAUUCACCGUGGCAUAAGUGGCAUCAGCGCUAUUUAUCUUAUAACCAUCAAGUUAAUUUCUGACCUCUUUACGGUAUAAUUUUGCAGGAAGAAGGUGAUUUUGCACUUCACGUGGCAACCCGGAUAAAGAACACUGAAAUAGUCGAAGUUCUCAUGGAGAACGGAGCAAGCGUCAACAUUCAAAAUGUAAGUGAUUCAAAUAAAAACUAAAUUCUGGGUGGUUACUUUUUACUUUCUUUUGAAUAUGUUAAAAACCGCGUUGGUUAGAGAGAGCUUUGCCACAAUUUGACGUCCCUUAGAGGUUUAGCCUGAAUUUUUCGAAUUCAUCAUCUGCCAUCCAGUCUAAUCUUCAUCAGUGCUAAGUACUCUAGUUCCUUCUUGAUUCGGGGAUGCUUCACUUUUGUCUUUUUAUCUCGUUGAACUAAUUUUUCUAAGUUUUCAUUUAGUUGAAGGACGUUUUGCUCGGUGAAAAGGUGUUAAACGGACCAUAAUGGAAACUGUAUACUUAAUUCAAUUUUUUUGAAUAAUGUAUUUCCUCGAAUAAGCACCCAGGCGCUUAUUUGAUAUUUCAGUUAAGAGAAGGAGCGCUUUUUGGAAGAGCACUUAAUCGAGGGAUCGCUUAUUCAAUAGCGCGGGAAUAGGACAAAAGUUAAAGAACAGAUAACGUACAUAGAGGAAAUCUGCGAGCACGUAGAGAUAGAAAUAACCGGAACGGAAAGAAACUAAUCUCCUGUAUUGAUUCCGCUGUAGUUGAACCUUUAAAAUUUUCAUAGAAUAAUAUCCUCUGAAAACCAAGAGGAAUAAGGGCCAAGUGUUAAGAAAAUUCUAAACAAACUGAACCAUACAAUUGUGUUACAGAGUGAAGGCCAGACCCCUCUUCAUAUCGCCGUAUCCAACGAGGAUGAGACAAUGGUUGCCUUUCUCGUCAGCCGUAGUGCUAAAACUGAUAUUGCAGACAGUGUGAGUUGAUGUAUUUCUUUAAUGAUCUUCACGCAUUUUGAUUGUUUCUUACUUAUGAUCUGCUGGAAGACAGGUAACUCAAUGAAACACUCAACUGCGCCUCCUGUGCCAAUUUUUUGGUCUCACCACAUUUCAACGUCAUCUGUGAUCUAUUGCUGAAGAGACACGCGGCAACAUGGAGUGUAUUUGGUAAUUGUUAUGGCAUGGCACAAUUGUACCACACAUCAUUUUUGCAAAGCCCGUGUCUCCGUAGGCAUGCAAAGCACUCAGUCUUUGUGCUCGAUACUAAGCAGUACUAAAAUCCUUUUUCCUGAUCUGUUUUUCGUCAAAAAGUUUUUAUUUGAUAAGCUGAAUUUUGUGCGAAUUUUGAUCAGUUCUUACUUAUGAUAUAUUGGGGGACAGACGCAUAAAUGAUGUCAUUAUCAACGACAUUUUUUUUUUUUUUUUUUUUUUCUUACCAAAUUUUUUACGUCUGUCAAUUUGCAGACGCAAGGCAUCUUUGAAUCUAUUUGUUUAUUAGAGAGCACUUAAAACAUCGUGGCACCAAGACCAAAAUAAUCACAACUGUCAGUCAGAUCAAAGAUUGCCAUCACAAAAACCCAUGAAGGACAUAAAGAGAAGGUGGCGGGAAUUUUGAAAACCAUUCAAUUUUGAAAUACAUUCAUAUCAUUGACUGAUGAAGUCCGGUCGAAAUACGGACGAAAUAUUUCAUAAGUUUUAACUUUUAGCUCCGAGUUUGGAAAAAAUUUUUAACUUUUAUUAUGCUUCCGGAGCAGGAAAUUAACGUUUUUGAUUGUAAAUUAAUGGCUAUUCCGGAAUAUUUUAGACACUCGCAUGAAAUUCGCUCCUCCUCUGAACAAAACAUUUUCUUGCUCUAUGUUUAGGAAUCAGUAACUGCGACUGAUCUAGCAUCGCGUCUCGAGAACACAGCAAUUAGCGAAAAGCUCCGAGAAAGAGUGCCAACACCCAGAACACCUGGAACACCAAGGCGACGACGAGUACUAUCAGUAAGUAUGGCUUACGUAUCUUCUGAUUGGUCACUUGCCGUAACUGGCUAACAUUAGCCGAUCAAGGUGCAAAGGCUUUUUCAUUCCAGCCAAUGGAUUGUCGACAUAUAACGCGUAUUUCGAUUAGUACCGGUCAAACUUUCACUUCACAUCGCAGUCAUUGAGUGAGUAACCGAUGUCACUAUGAGCUUUAACGACCGAAAAUGUUUCAUUUCUUAUUGACAUUUAAUUUCCUGUAUCUCCAUUCAUGAUUUCUCGAGUUAUUGCUGUUUUACCGCAUUAAAGGCAAAGUAACUACAUGUGAUGGUUGCCAUCUAUCCCAAAUAAAGUUUUAUAUUUACGUAAGGAAAAACCCCAGGCUGGUCCAGAACUUGAUCAAGUCACUAACGGGAAAGAGUUUACACAGAGUUUCAUAAGUUCAUUCAGAGUUUCGGGGACAUAAGCAGGAUUGCAAGGCUGCAGCUAAAUAAGCUUUUAACUGGCGGUUAGGGAUACACCAGGUUACGGUAUUGUAUAUUACUGUAUUGUACUAUUGCUUGGCUAAAAGGGGGUACAGAUGCACCCAUCCUCAGCCACGCCGUUUAGUUGACAGUUUUCUGCCAAUACCCCCCAGUGGGGAGGUGAUUUAAAACCGCAAGGACAACUGGUUGCUUUCGAGAAUGUCCGGUGAGGUUGCUGUAACCGUAUUUUUUUCAUGAUUGUGACACAUCUUGCGUCCCCUCUGUAGAGCGUGAUUGACUCAGUACUCCAUGCGAUCGCGACUGGAGAUGUAGAAGACUUGAAGGAGCUUCUUGAUGGUGGAUAUUUGGACGAGGAUCUCCUCGAAACUAAAUCGGUAUGUAUACUUUCAUUUUCUAGUACCAGAAUCUCUAAGAAGCUUUCACUGACCUUCUCCGUCGCAUGGUAAACUGGUUUUUCUACCACAGGCCUUUUCAAUUGAGUGUUGAAAAAACCAAAUCAAAGUUAUUACAACGUUCAACUAGAAGAAGAGAAAAUGGCCUGAAGUGUCAACGAGAACUCAAAAUAAAAACAAGCAAAGCGCUGAAAGCGCGGGAAAAUAAGUCAUGGUUAGUGUUAUUUUCGCAUUUGAUUGGUUGAGAGAGUGGUGCAAGUUUUCUGAACCAAUCACAGAGCAGAGUAAAGCAAAACCAAUGGAUUACUUUUGACGCUCAUUUGAAGAUUGUUCUAUUUGCUCAAGAAAUUGGGUCGGAAUUAGCGGGCAACGAAGUGUUAGCAGUUUGAAGUGGCACAGAACAUCUUUUAGCGCUUUUGUUUUGCGUGAACUUUUUAAAUAUCAAGUUUUUUUGCGUGAAAUAUUGGUUUUAAAAAAAUACUCAAUCAUUGGUGAACAUCGAUAUAUUAACACUGACUGCGGUUCUUAAAGUGUUACUUUAGAAAAGCUCAAUUUCAGAAGCUUGGCAAUCCUUAGCUGUUAUUUUUUUAAAUGAUCAUUCCAUAAAGAUGCGAGUCUGUGAAUUCUAAAGAACAAGCUUAUGUGGAUAGUUUAAUUGAUAACUUUUAAUUACCACCCUGCAGACCAUACAAAAAUGUUUGUCAUCUUUCUUAUGCAGGAGAAUGGCGAAACACCCCUACAUAUUGCCAUUAAACUGAAAAGCGUCGAAAUUUGCAAAAUAUUGGUUCAAGGAGGAGCUAAAACUGAAACUAAAACGGUAAGUUAAACGUCUUAUGUGCGUUUGAUUGUUGUUAUAUUCUGUCUAAGGUCUUCAUAGUUUUUUUCUCGCGUGGAAAUGUUUAACUUUGUGUAAACCAUGAUUAAAGAAAAUUAAAUAACCAGGCCCAAGCCUUUCAAUUUCAAGCAAAGAUACCAUGCCUUAAUGAUAUCCACCUCCACCGUUCCCAUGAUAGGAGUUUUUUAUCGAACACGGUUGUUACUGGAUAGAGGGGGUAAGUUCCUAAAGAAAUUGUGGUACUGCGCGCCGGUGGGAGAGUAUAACAGGGUAAUUAGUAUUAUCAGUUAAGUUGAUAACGUAAAUUGGCCUUCGUAAAGAGUUAAAAAAAAUUGAAAUUUCCAGCGUGUGCCCUUCGUCGGAGCGAAUAACGAGGGACAAACGCUCGCAACGUCAGCUUUUAAACACUUUACGGUGGUCAAUUUACGUUAUCAACUCAGUUAAUGAUGCUAAAUUGCAGUUGUUACUGGUUGGUUAUUUCUUGCGUCUCUGUGAUCCCUUGAAAGCCAAAACUGUGAUACGCAUGCUAGCCUCACUUUUGUCCCUAUUUCUUCGUUUCCUGUAGACUGAGGGAAACACCGCUCUUCACCUUGCCGCUGAGAUAGGAGAUAUCAAUAUGGCAAGAUUCCUUCAAGUUGUGAAAGCCAAAGCAAACGUUUCCAACGAUGUACGGUUUGUCCUACAGUUCAAAUCUGAACAAUGUCGGCUAAGUGACCUGGCGGCAUGUUAAUCAAGAUUUCAUUUCGCUUAGUUAAAUAAUUAGACGAAUUAUUCUUUAGGCUGAGCUCUGUCAAAUAACCUCAAAUGCAUGAACGAAACUUAAUCACCAGGGUCGAUGAAAUUGAUUUCCUAGGUUUGUGUAUCGAGAGCAGCAAUCAAUAAGUAUCCCCUUGCUUUGCAUGUGCUGUGUUACCUACAUUUGGGCCGGACCGUAACACGAGAGAAGCGUAUCAUGGCGUUGAAUGCAACCCACGUUAUUAACCAAUCACCAGGCAUUUGUUAGCACGUGUCUUGGGAUUGGUUAAUCAAAUAGAUCGUAUUAUACAUCCAGCUGUGUCUUCUGUUCAGUUAUUAAAAUGUUUUUCUCUUCGUAGAGUGCGAAAAAUAUGAAGAAAUGCUUUUCAUUUUAAUGUCGUGAAACAACCAACUACAGAGUAGUGAAAAUUGCCAAGAGAACCUACGAGAGAUAAAAGGGCCAGCUAUUUACACGAGGUCUAACCCAAACCAAGUAGCAAGUAGUGGGCCUCAGGGAUUCUGUAUAAGAGGGUUGGUCUAGUUAAAUAAAUGUCCUCCCACUGUAGCGUUCGGUCCUCUUUACACUGUUUACAAAAAUAAAUGUUCAGAUAAAAGUUUCGACUAAACUGAAAUUGGAUUAGAACGCGGUUUUGUUAAACAAACGCUAAAAUUUGUUUAAAUAACCGGCCUGAAGUGAUCAGAUAGUAAUGCUAGUAAACACGGAACAGAAGUUUGCAAGUCGUGCAUGGUGUACGUUUGUAUCUGAUAUGCAAAGGCGGUAAUGUGAGAACCAUCUAACACCAGUUCAGUCCCAGAUUACUUUAGACAUUCCGUUGAAGAUAGCGCUAAACAAAUCUUAAAUCCGCUAAUUUAACCUGACCAGUGUGCGUACUACUGGGUUUGCUUAAGGCCUCCCCCAUCAUAACAGUUUGUGUCGUGAGGAAACUUUGCUUUUGUUACAGGCGGGAGACACGCCCUUACACAUAGCAUGUAGAAAAAAACAGGUGAAUAUUGUGGAACUGCUGCUGGGGAAAUUUGGAGCUAACAUCCACAUCAAAAACAAGGUAUUUUGUACGAGUAACUUGUUAAGAAAGCAUAAAGCACUUGAUUAUUGCGGAAAAUUCGCAGUUACAGAUUACUGUCCGAGGGACCUUUCAGGCCUUUCGAAGAUUUUUAAAGCAGGAGAUGGCUGAAUCAGCAAAAAAAUUCUAUUAAUAUCUGAGUCUCUCAGAUUUAUGUUUCUAUUUGGAAUGAUCCUUUUCAAAGGCGACGAAGUAUUCGUUGUUAUUACUUUUGGUUUUGGACAACAGUGCGAUAAAACGUACGUAGAAUAUUUGAUUCUAGGUAUAGAAUCCAGGUCCAUUUACAUCCCUUACAUCCUAACAUUGGUAUGCAAUCUCUCCCUUCUGUUAUCUAAACAUUUCCUUUGGUACUUAAAGGGUGAAUUGUCUUAAGUUUGCAAUCAUUUCCCUUGUUCUCGUGACCUCAAUGAUUGAUUCAGGGGAGACACUAUUGGGAGAAAUAAGAUGUUCGUCAUUGACGGCUGGCUUGAGGGCAUCUUGGUUUUCCGCGAGUCAGGCCAACCAUUCGUCACUCUCACGGCUAAUCUUAAUGCCGGAAACUUAUUUCAAUUAAAAUAGCUAAAACUGACAAUUUUUAUCCUCAGUUUGAGCUUUAUUUGUAUGAUGUUCUGGUAAAGUAAUAUCUAUUUAUAAUUGACUGUUUCUAUCAGAUUGGCGAUACACCUUUGUUUGUUGCUGUCCGAGUAAAUUGCACACAGGCGAUCAAGGACCUUUUGCAUACUUCACAAGCGGAUCAAGACGUCAGAUCUGGAAGAACGGUAGGUGACGUAACAUUGUCUGGUAAUCUCCUUUCUUUGAUCUUAACAUCCUUAAAAAAAACAAAACAAAACAAAACCAGGAAAGUUCAAGAAGGACUUCUCGAUUGCUUGAGCCAAUUACUGUGAGGUACAAAACUACUCAUUAACCCUUUAACUCACAGAAGUGAUCAACAUGAAACUUCUCCCCAUAAUGUUCAUACAUUAAUCAGCAAAAAGGUAAUGAGAAUAUUCAAACUUUUCAGGUAGAAGCUGCUAUCUUGAUCUAGCACCAAGUUCUCAUAACUAAUUUAUAAGGAAAUGUUAAGCAGCUAGAGGGGAGAAUUGAAAAUCAGAUCUUGGGAGUUAAAGGGUUAAGCGAAGACUACAAUAUAUGAGCCUACUGAGGAAGAAGAAGGCAAAAGUGACCAUAUGAUAAACCAAGAAGAAAGAACUGACUAUAAACAUGUAUGCAAUAAAUGGAAAUACACACAAGAAACGUGAAGAGCCUAGUAAGAAACAAGGACAGUUCGGGAUGGAGAAAAUUGACACAAUGUAAAUGACUAUAAUGUAUGGAUGCAGAGUCAAUAAUUGACUAACAAGUACCAGGGAUGGUUAAGGAUGAAGAGGAUUUAAUUGAAUCGAACACGAUGUACUUGGGACAUGUUACAGGUUGAAUUUUUAAAGAUUGGUUAACUGUGGUCUUGUAACCCAGCUCCACAGGGCUCUGCGUCCCGCUGUGGUCCUGUUCUUGGUUGAUGUAUGUAAAACUUUAUUUUAUAGAAAAAUGGAGACACUUUGAUGCACAUCGCAGUGAAAAGUAAGGAUCCAGAAUUGGCCAAACUCCUGAUACAGUGGGGGGCUCCACCGGACGAAAAGAACGUAAGUUGACCAACAUCAGUUAUAAAAGGAGUGAUACCUCGUAAGAAGAACGGGAUACUUUAGUGGUAGAGCAAUUUUUCCUUCGGAAAACCAAAACCAAAUUAAUCAAAACAGCCAAUCGGAGCGAAGAUUGACAUCAUCAACCAAUAAGAACUCCAAGUAGAAACAGGAAAACUGCGUGAAGCGCAGGAAAACACGAGUGUCUAAAUCAGGAUUAGUAUUAGUUUUUAAUCUAAUUGGUCGAGAAGGUGGCGCGAGUUUACUAGACCAAUCACAGUGAGAAGUUUAUUAAAACCAAGAAAAUAAUUGGUUACUUAUGACACUCAAUCGAAAACGGCUUGAAUAAAGCGGUUUGGAAUCUAGUCUUUCUCGAUUGAAUCUCCUGGGGUUGGUUGUUGUUUAAGUGGGAGGAGAAAGAUCAAGAUUAAAAAAAACUCUCCCAGGAAGGAAGUUUUUUAAAAUUCAGACGAGGGCUAAGAUCGCUUUUUCCAGCGAUCGAACAGAAUAUAGAUAAUUACCAUAAGGAUUCAUUUCAGUUUUCUGUGGGCGCUAAAAGUGCAUCUGACGCGUAUGAGGGAAGUCUUUGUCAGACUAAAUUCCUGAACUAUCAAGCGCGAUUUGUUGUCUAAUGCGCCAGUGGUGAUAGUGGUGACGUUUUCUGGUUUCUCUUUCGUUUGUGUUGUUUUGUAGGAUGAAGGAAAAACUCCAUUACAUUUAGCAGCUCAAAAAGGUGACGAAGAAAUGGUGAAAUACCUACAUAGCUUGAAAGUGAAUCCCAACACACUUGAUAACGUAAGUAACUGAUGUGAAGAGUGGAAAUGUUGUAUGGAAGCAUUGAGGGAAAUGAGAGGCAGAAUUAACAUUCAAGAAUGAAGAGUAGCAUGUAAAUAGUGUCGUCAAUCACUUGAAUAUGAGCCGUCUACCAACUUAAUUUGAAUGUUUUGGUGGAGCAGGGAACCCGAAACCUGGAGAGCCCAAAGGGAAAUUAAAUUCGUUAACAAAGACCUUCAAUCAAUCAAUCAAUCAAUCGUUUUAUUUAGUGAUAAAAGCAGGUUACAAAAGUGUAGCCAUGAUGCUGAUGUGGACCUACAAUUAACUAGUAAAAUGUGAAAUAAUAAAAAAAAUAAUUUGUAAAAUCACCCUAUGGUAUUUGAAUUCAGUACAAGUCGAUAAAAUGAGGUUCAUUGACAAAUAAAAGUUCAAACUAAUCUAGAAAUUUACGUACAGUAUAAUAAUACUUAAAAAUAUACAAAAUCUCGGUCUUUUAUAGGAUUGAAUUAUUACCAGGACUCGCAAUGUUAUCGUUGAGACACCCAUAAUUUAGUUUUGUACUCGGAAAAAAUUUUCGAGGGUCUCACUUUCUUACUUUUACCUACAGGACGACAUGAAUCCGCUUCACUUGGCAGCCAGCGCUGGGCAUCACAAUAUUGUGACAUUUUUUCUGGAAAAAUUUAAAGUGGACGUGUCCUCCAGAAGCAGGGUAACAAAACAUUUUCAUAAUGAACUACAAAAUCUACUCUCUAGUUUCACACAUUUUAAAACUAAACAUUAAAUUGUGCAAGCAAAAGUGAAUCCACUCUUCGACAAAACGCUUAAGUUAAACUGGGUCAAACGGUUAUGCUCUAACUCGGAUGCUCCAUGGCAGUACAUACCAAAAUCGCUCCUAGCCAAUGUUGGCGGUACACAACUGUUUAAAUGUAAUUAUGACUAUAAUCUCCUUGACAACCAUCUUCCUGCUUUCUACAAACAAAUCAUUUUUUACUGACAUCGCAACGGCCACACCUAAAAAUAAAAAUGAGGUUCUCUCACAGCAAAUCUGGAAUAACCGAUUUUUAACUGUGAAUAAGAAAAUGGUAUUCUUUCCUCAUUGGUAUCAAGCAGGAAUAAAACAAAUCUCGGACCUUUUUGAUUCCUGUGAGGGCCAUUUCCUUCCAUUUAAUUCUUUUUGCAAUAAAUUCAAUGUAAAAUGUAACUUUUUACAAUAUUAUAGCAUUCUUUCUUCUAUUCCCCAAAAUUGGAAGAAAGUAUUGCAAGAAGGUUCCAAAGACCCAGUUACGCCUCCCACCUCAAUCUGUUCACUGUCGUGCCAGACAAUAUACAGUACGCUGCUUAACCUUGAAGAUCUACCUCCACCAACUUCUGAGAAAAAACUUUUAGCGUCUGGCGUCGAGAAAAGUGACUUGACUAAAAUCUACCUCCUACCAUCCAAAGCCACGAGAGAAAUUAAAUUGACGAUGUUCCAAUACAAAAUCUGUCACCGAAUUUUACCAACGAAUAGCUUGUUACACAAAAUGAGAAAAGUUGCCUCGCCCUCCUGUCCCUUUUGUCCUUCUGAGUGUCAGACCCUGUGGCAUUUGCUUAUAAACUGCAUGCACGCAAGUUCUUUUUGGAAUAGAUUCCAGGAUUGGUACUCAAUCUCUAGUAAUACGAAACUGCUGCUGUCAGAACUAAAGGUUAUGUUCGGAAUUAUUCGCUGUCACACCUACUGUUUAGCCCUCAACCAACUCAUUAUUUUGGGUAAAUAUUUCUUAUAUGUUAACGCUUUAAAAACCAUAACGUACCAAUUCGAUGAUUUUGUCUCACUUGUGCGCGAAAAAAUUAAUCUAGAAAAAUAUAUUGCUGUCACUUGUAAUAAGGAGAAGGAAUUCAAGAACAAAUGGAAAUUUUUUUGUCUUUAUAAAAUUUGUAUUGCGUCCUUUUUCUUCUCAACUUUUGUAUUUUGAUUUAUUUCUUUUCGCUACCUAUUUAUUUAAUAAUCUAUUAAAUUCUAGAAAAUUAAUACCCUAUGUAGUGUAAUUAACAAACAAAAUUCGUAUUAGUUACUCGAACAAUUAACAUGCAAACAAUAAAGUAAGUAGAUCAACUGUAAUUCAAUUUGACAAGUGUAAUUGUAUUGUAAUAUAUGUAUUGUAAGUAGUGCAAGUUAAUGUAGUAUAAGCAUCGUGUAAGAAGUAAGUAUAGUGUAAGUACAUAUGUAAGUAUAAUAUAUAGAAAAAAAUAAAAAAAAAAAUAAAAAAAAAAAAAAAAAAAAAAAAAAAAGUGAAUCCACGCGGCUUCUAGGUAGAUCUACAGGCCCUUUCUUAUCAGAAAUAGAGAGGUAAUUGUCCUAUGAUCCGCUCGAAUGAGGCUGCCUGAUGCGUUUAAGCUUUCCCAUUGCCUCUUUGCUGGGUAAUGUAUGGAUAUUAUAGGGAGAAGUUACAUGUUAAUCACUUCUGGGAGUUUAGGGGGUUAAGAAAGCUGUCUGUGAACAAAUUUGUUGCUCCUUAUUGCUCUUCUUUAGGAUGGCAGUACCCUGCUUCAUCAGACGUGCAUGGCGGGUCAAUUGGACGCCUCCAAUGCCUUGAUAAAGAAAGGUGUCCUUCUACUCAUGCCUAAUAAGGUAAUGCGAUAUCCUAUUUUAGAUAUUACUGGCUUUCACACGGAGGGUGCAAUUUGGUCAUGUCAUUACGGUACCCGCAACUUUGCUCCCGGGUUCAAGUUUAACACUCUGCCAGAAAAAUACGUGGAUCUGGGAUCGUUGGUCCCGAAUUUAACCCUAAAACGUGUUCCGAAAAGAGACUCCUUUUGACAAUUUUCCAUUCUAGCAACAAUUUUUAUGUAAUUCAUUCAGAUAUUUGCUUUUUACAGAGUGGGGGCUUAUGUAUCCACGAGGCGGCGAAGAAAGGUCACUUGGGUUUGGUUAGAAUGUUGAUCGAAAGAGGAGUUCCUGUAAACGUCCAGAACAAGGUGAGAAUAACGAUCACCUUUUUGGCUCAUUCUUUCAAUAGGCUGUUCAUCAAGAAAAGAAAACUCCUCCAAGGUUCUUUUCUUUAACCUUUCAGUUAUAGCGAUCAGACACGACGUAAAAACUGAACGGGAGAGGGGUGACUGUGAUAAAGCACACGGUCUUCCUAUGAGCUAAAGAUCUUGAGAUCGAAAUAACUCUUUUUUAGAUCAGCAACUUGAACUAAUCUGAAGUCUAUGUUUGUACAGAGGGAUCAACGUGAACGUAAAAUACAGUAAAGUAGUUUAACUAAGUCAGUCCAUUUUGGUGAUGUAAUCAGCUGUGUUUACCCUUUAUAUAACGGAUCGAGACUUUAGUUCAUCAUAAAAUGCUACGAUACUAUGAUGUGAAUCGUGUUCAGGGGUCAUAAAGGAUUGCUCGAAGAAAGAAUGAAACAUAUUGGUAAUCGUUUGGUGGGUUAGACAAAGUCCAGAGGAACGAGGACUGUUGACGAUAAGGAAGAUUGGCACUGAUUGUAAAUAAUAAACUGGAAAAAUUCGGAGAAUUUUUCUCAAGAUUUACAGAUCUUGACUUAGAUAUUUCUACGUUGUAAAACUCUUGGAAUCUUAGGAGUCUGGUAAAAGAAUCGUUAGUGGUUUUAUACAAAGCGUUCAUUCUUGGCUUCACUCUUCUUAUGUCUGACAGCGUAAAUACACUCCACUUCAUUUGGCUUGUCUCAGUAAGAAACAUCAAGUUGUGCAACUGCUGAUUGGACACGGGGCGGAUGUCACAGUUGACGGUGGUUUGGUAAGGCUUUAUAAAUAUUUCUGUUACUUUACAGCGCCACUUGGUAUCGAAAUACCAAAACCAGAGAAAUCACGCUCAAUCAGAGGAAAGGAAAACUUCACUGGGAAUCAAUUAGAUCCCAGAGCAGAAAUAUGUAACCGAUCAGAGGCGCGGAAAACUUUGAGUGGUCAAGUUGGGAUAGUUCUUCAUUUGAUUGGCUGUUAGGCUGGUUUGAGUUUUUUCACCAAUCACAGAGCGUGGGAAAAAAGCGAUACCAUUUCAGUUCCCGAAAUUAUUUUGGAUACUUAGUUAAAACUUUUCUCUGAAUUUCUUUGCUAACUUACAGUUAGGUGUUUUGUUCAUCAGUUCAGGUUAAAAUUUUUGAGAUGUCAUUCACAUUCCGCAAGAAAGCCGGCACUUGCUGUCAAUGACAUUCUCGGGCAUCUUCUAACACCCCAUCUUCGUUUGUGAUUUUGUACCGAGAUAAGGCAUAUUGGCCUGGUUUAGUUGAAAAAGAAUUCUUAAAUUCUCAAUAUUGGAAUUUUAGGCGAAAGAAACUCCGCUGCAUAUGGCUGCAAAAGUUAAAGGAGGAGAAAAAGUUGUGGACGUUUUGAUCAAAAGUGGAGCUGACCCAGACUCCGCAAAGGACGUAAGUUUCUCAUGAAUAUGUGAAAUUUGACAUUCUAUUGAAUGGUUUUAUAACGUAGUCUACUGUGGCGAAGUGACCGUUGAUUAUUUGAUUGAUUUACGCACAAUGCAAACUUCCCCCCCCCCACCCCCCCCAUCCCUUCCUCUCAUCAUCACUGCUCUUUUCUUCAUAAACACAACGACAGACCAUUGAGAACAUGGUGGAUAUGAUUCAACAAGAGCUAAUUACAUAUCUGAAAAACAAACCUGUGGUUUUCAUUCACAGAACGGCGAGAGAGCUCUUCAUUUAGCUUCCAGAUGCGGGAAUUUAGAAGUUGUAAAUAUCCUUUUGCGAGAAAAUACUGAAGUAGCCCGCCGUAGCAAGGUAUACUUAAAGUUAGCCUAUACUCUAAGAGGUUAAUCCAACCAAAAGUUUUUCUUUUUUAAUUUUGUGUCUGAUUGGUUGAGAUAGUGGCUCGAGUUUCCUGGACCAAUCACAGAGCGAAGUGAAGUAAAAACAGAGCAGUCCCGGAUUACUCUCGGCACUCAUUAACCCUUUACACCCUAAGAUCCGUAUGCAUUUUCUCCAUACUGUUCUCUAUACAUUUCUUAUGGUACUGACAAAGAGAAUUCAUAUAACAAUCAAGAGCUUCUUUAGUUGGUGAUCAUUUCCUUUAUUCUCAUGACUUCAAUGUUCAUUUUAGGGGCGAUACUGAUGAGAGAAAUAGUUACUAAUCACUCUUUUAAGGGUUAAAAACUCUCUAAAGGACUCAAUUGUUAUUCUGUUGCAGUCAGGAGACACCCCUCUUCAUUUUGCCUGUCAAAAUGGACACUUUCAAAUAGUAGAGGCUCUGAUCGAUCAACUUUUUAGGGACAAGACGUACCUUCUCGCUCGUUUGAUUGUUAACAUACCAAACAAUGUAAGUUUGUGGUAUACUGUAAGGACUCGAUGUUAUCGCAUAACUUUGAGAAAUUCUCUUCAACCAGUGGAGGCUUCCUUUUUGCACCAUUACUUUAGUAUUCAUAAUCUCCACACUGAUCUCCCAACAUUUCCUGUGGUACUGACAAGGAGAAUUUGUUUGAGAAUCAGGAGCUUCGUAAAUUGGUGAUCAUCUCCAAUAUUCUCAUGACCUUUACAUUUAAUUUAAGGGUGAUUCUGAAUGGAGAAAUCAGAGGCCAGUCACUCUUAGGGAUUAAAGGUUUCACUGAUCUAAAAACCAAUUCCUUGCAUUGUUUGCCAUGCAUUUCCUGUAAUUUUGGCUUUGAGAAUUUGUUCCACAAUCCAACAAUCAGUUCCCCUGCUGAUUUAUUUAUUUCUCUACUUCACUUUUCUUCGUAAAAAUAUUUUGAUGCUGUAAUGAGAAAUUCCUCUUUAAUCACAUCCGGGAGUGAAAGGGUUAACACGUUGCUUUUCUCUCUAAGCUUGGAGUGACUGCUCUUCAUUCGGUGGCUGGUAUUCCUGAAGGAUCAGCGGGCACAGAGGAUCUUGUUAAUACCGUGCAGAUUCUUCUUGAUCAUGGUGCAGACCUGACUUUUUCAACCUACCAGGUAAUGCACAAUGUGGCGAACAGGCCCUCGUUAUUGCUGGACGAGUGUUCCUUCGCUCGUAGAAGAGUUGCGGGCCUUGAAUAAGAGAACCGCCGUGAAGUCUGCAACGAGGGGUCUGCCACGUACUCAUUACUAGUGCCAAGCCCCUAGCAGAGCUCACACCGACCAGGCCUCGACUUUUCAUGCGGAAUUCCAGCUUCGUUAGUGUCUGAGCUUUGUCGUCAUGUAUAAUUUUUUUUCUAUGAAGAACUACACUAAACGUGAUGGCAACUUUUAUGAAAUGUCUUCUUUCUGUGUAGAUUCUUUUUACUCCUUGUUUUAGUUCAUUUUCUUUUUGUUUUUUGCCUAAUUUAGAAAAGAGAGACACCCCUUCACUGGUGCGCACGGUCAGGAAACUACCAAAUGAUUGAGAAAAUAUUUACUUCCCCAAAGGUUCCAGAGUACAUCAAACUGAGUAUCAUUAACAAGACAACUGAGGUAACUGAUUUCCUUGGGUGGGACAUAACUGUCUGGCUGACCGAUGGGGGGUAGACAAGAGGUGGAGGGGGCAUGGGGUUGGAGGAAAGGGGACGGGGGUUGAAAGCAGUGGGUGGGGGGCAGUGGGUGGGGGGUAGUGGGUGGGAGGCAGUGGGUGGGGGGCCAGUGGGUAGGGGACCGAGGGAGGGCUUUUACUCCAAGAUCCUACUUAGGCUGGUAGUUGUACAGUCAAUUAAACUAAUCACUAUUAGCAUGAAAUUACUUGGGACUAUUUAAACUAAAACCAUUCCAGCCAAUUCACAAUGUGUAAAACUGUUGUAUUUUUAAUGAAUGAGAUUUUUUAUUUUUAAUGUUAUGUAGAGCGGAGCCUCUCCACUGAUGAUUGCCUCACAGUAUGGCAAGCUAGAAGUGGUGCGAGCACUUUUGCGUUUUCACGCCAGAGUAGAUGUUUUUGACGAGGUAUCAAGUAUUCUAAAUAAUUUUUAAGUAUGAAAAUUAAACUUUAAAAACUACUACUGUGGGAUAAACACAGUAUCUUAUAGUUGCCCCUCUCACUUUAAAGUAAACCAAGACGUCUCUUCAGGAAGCUUAUUUUUGGUAACGUGCAUAAAUACUUUUAACUUAAGUGAGACCACAACAGCAAGGUGAUAUAAAAAAACAAAAUAUAACAAAAAUGAUGGUAUAUAGCAAAAUUUUAUGUUCCUCAUGUGAGAUGGUACAUGUGCUUGAAAAUGCCACAGAGAGUAGCAUGAAACAUCAAAUUUGCCAGGAUUUUUUCUCUUCCUCGGGAAAAAGAUGUUUGCGGUUCUACAUGACCGAGAUUUCUUCUGGUAACGAAUUCUUGCGAUUUUGUUCUGAGGGAGCAGAACAAUGACAAGAAAAGAAAUAUUUGUCAUAAUUUAUUUAUGUAUACAGUAUACAUGUAUACAGAUGGGAUCUCUACAGAUUGGAGCUAUACGAUUGGAUGAUUUAUUUAUACAUGUUCGGAGAGUGCGCGCAUUGAAAAUUCUCGUUCCUUUUUAUUUUAAGGUGGGUGGCACAGCGCUCCACUACGCUGCAUCCAGAGGACAUGUGGAGGUUGCACGUGAACUGCUGAAUCACAAAGCUUAUGUGAACGGCAGAACCAAGGUUUGUGCAAAUAAUUUGUAGUGAUUUAGAAGGUUUAACCUCCACAUCGCGCCAUCAACCACCACUCAUGCUAAAUUCGUAACUUUGACUCGUUUUUUUUACUUUUCUCUAAAAAACGUUUUCAUAUACUUUUUUAAGUAUUUACCAUUUUAAUAUGAAGCCUGAAAUCAUAUAAACUAGUAUACAUACAAAAACUGAGUAUAAAUUAAUAGUUUCACAGCAUUUUGCGAGUUUCUGAUGUUAGUUGCGCACAAAAUUAGGAAAACCUAAUAUUUGUGUCUGGCGCAAACGACUCGAAAAUGAGUUUGGCCAUUGAGUACCAAGAAGUCUAAAAGUUGUGGUUGGUACGGUGGCUUUGUAGUCAGCGCGCUUGACUCCCUCAAAUAUUCCAUGGUGUUUGCUCGAUUUUUGGUCAUUAGCCUCCUUUGAAAGUAUUUUUUUCUUCCGUUUAUUUGUUUUAUUUUAAUCGUUAUUUAUGAUGAGACAUCACAAUUUAAUGUAAGGAUUCGAUUCAAUUACCUUCAAACGUUGAUUCAGAUCAAACGAACGACUCAACGUUGCAUCUGUUAGUUAGAACAUGACGAACCAAAAGGCCAAAGACAACAAAAAAAAGGAAAUGGUUAGUCACAUUGAUUUCCAUAUUCUCUGCUUUCAACAACUUUCAUAAGCUUACUUAUGAUGGUCAGCUAUGGCUAAUUGACGUUUGAACACAUCUUGUCACGGUCCACCAAGAAACGACAGUUACUGAAACUAACCGUUAACAUUUAACCGAAUUGAUAACCUCAUAUAUUGGUCAUUAAUGUUCUCUUUUCAGCCAAAUGUCCGUUAUUCAAGCGAUAAAACACGCAAAGACAACACAGAAGAUUUGCCUGUAAGGGCUCCAUUUGCAUCUUCACUGACAUAUUCCAUCCAUGAAAUCUUCCUCUACAUCAUCUAUUUUUGCCUUCACUGCACUCUGAUUAAUGACCUUGUUACACUCUAUUAAAUAACUUGCUUAAGCAGAAAUAAAAUUAAAGCAUUGCGUCUCGUUUUUGUAAGAAAGUUUAUUGUAAUGAAGUAUUUUUCGAUUGAGUGUCGUAAAAAUCAAAACUAAAAUUUUCGCGACGGCCAAUCAGACAAAAGGAAAAUGUGAAGAGCAACCAAUGAGAGCUCAUAGUAAAAGCGAAGCGCGGGAAAAAGGCGGGUAACCAACUCACAAUUGGGUUUAGUUUCGAAUCUGAUUGGUUGAGAAAUGGCGCAAGUUUUCUGGAAUAAACAAGAGGCGAAGUUAUAAAAAGCAAAAGCAACUCUUGAUUACUAUCGACACUUAGUUGAAAACUGCUCUCUGAUAAAACAUUUCUACCCCCAAAUGGCCUCUGCUUUGCUUUCCUCCGCAUAUUUACGUGUAAAUAAACUAAUAAACAAACAAACAAAUGAUUAAAGAAGUAAAUGAAUAAAUGAUUAAGAGAUAAAUAGUUAAAUGAAGGAAUAAAUAAACGGAUAAUUCACAAUUUCUACAUACAAUAUCUUAAUUAAAAUUAAAUUUACUUCGUGUGUCGUCGUCUCGCUAUCAAGAAUUGCCAGGUUGGUAUGAAAACAUAUUAAAAUGCUGAAGUAACUUAAUUCUAGAAACUUUAGUCAACGAGUACAAAGUUCUUAUCUUCCCCUCAUUGGUUCAUUGAUUGCUUUAGACUCUUUGCUCAACCGCUAAUAACAUGUUGAUUAAAAUAAAAUUAAAGUUUAUUCAUGUCUGAACAUAAACGAUAUGUUUUGGGCCUUGUCUGAGUUUCAACUGAUUCGUUAAGUAGUUCGUUAGAAAAAAAGCACCAAACACCGUCUUUACUUCUCUGUAAUUAACCCUUUCACUUCCAAGAUCUCAGAGUAAUUCUCCUUACUGUCAGCCAUACAAUUCUUAUAAUGUUAGUUCGGAGAAUUUGGUAUUGGACCAUCGAGUGAUAUUUUUCGUUAUUCUCAUCACUUGACAUUGUAUUUAUUAAUAAUGUAAGGAGAAACUCUGUCUUGGUCGCUUACAUAAGUGAAAAGGUUAAUUCUCACCUUCCACUUGUUGGUCAUCUCAGUCUUAGAAACGUCUUCGCACAAAUCACAAAUCAUAUUCACAAAUCAUACCCUAUUGUACUGGUUUAGGUCUUUAAUAACGUGUGGACCUUUUUUUUCAGAUUGGUACGACUCCACUUCACAUGGCGGCCGAGAAGGGUCACCCAGAAUUUGUUCGUGUGCUUGUUACCAAGUACAAUGCCAUUAUCGACCCUCUGACAGUGGUGUGUAUUGUUUAAACGUAUACACCCUGGUUAUCAAUAGGAAUAUUCUCCAUACUGUCUUUCAUACAUUUCUUAUGGUUCUGACAGAGGGAAUUCGCUGAGUCACCCAUCAAUAGCCUCUGGCAUUGUUCUCGUGACCCUAAUGAUUAAUUUAGCAGUGAUGCUGCUCACUUAAAGGGGUAAAUGGUGAAAAGCAUCAUUGUCAAUCGUCUGGAAUUUUCCAGAUGGUGAUGAAAAUAUUUUUCUAUCGUAAAGAGUUGGCUACUCCUUAUGGGAAAGUUCUUAAUUGAAUGUCUAAAGUAAUUCCAAUUACCUGUCGAACUCCCUGCCAACAGAUUGCACUUAUAUUUCUUUAGUGUACUUGCUGCCUUUUCAUACAUACAAUAAUUCGGAUGAUUUUUUCCUUAGGAAAAGAAGAGUCCCCUGCAUUUAGCAGCUGAGAAUGGCAGGCUUCAAGUGUGCAAGGUUCUACUGGAUUUACGUGCAGAUGCUAACGUGGCAGACAGUGUGAGUUCUUUCGGCUAAGUACUUUCCUUUGAUAUUCCGAGACCACAGCUAAUGUCACUGAGACCCAACUUCUAGCCAGCUCGGUUAUCUGGUCUGAGUCAUUUCUGUUUAGGGAGAAUUGUCUUCUAUACACUGGUGGGGCAUUUUAUUUUCCUAUAGGUUGAAAAUUUAGUUGGAGUGUUUACAAAGACCUGCUGUAGAUUUUCAAAAAAUGUCACUGAUGAUCAGAGUUAUUGACAAGAGAAUAACCGAAAACUUUAACCAUAUUCUCGAACGUAAUUGGUUCUUAUCCUGAGCCCAAUUUGAGCACCAAUUGGAAAGGAUACGCGACAUACCUGUGUAAUUGGACAUGCAAGCACUGUUGUCACACGUUUAUCCUGGGUAGCUGUCGCAUUUUUUCUAAAAAUAUUUAACUAAAGGUUAUUUUGUUUCUCUAAUUUUGUCAUAGUUCUGAUUAAUUGGUAACUUGGAGGACUUUGUGUCUUCCAAUUCGUUCUGUAAUCAUACUCGUAAUUAACAAUACACUAUUAAUCACAUGUAUGGUGACAGAUCGAAUUGGACGUUUCCAUACCUUAUAAUUGAGGGUGGAAAGUAAUCCAAGGUUGCACUGCAUGUGCUUCCUUAUGCUAUGCAGUUCAUUAACUUAUGCAACCGUUUUGACCUAUCAAAAGUGAGACUCAACCAAGCGGGUUUUCCCGCGCUUAAGGGAGUUAAUCCUUUACACCUAAACUCCAGUAUACAUAUUCUCCAUAAUGUGCUCUACAUAUUUAUUAUGGUUCUGCCUUAGAGAAUUUGUUUAAUGAUCAAGUGUUUUUUAACUUUAGUGAUCGUUUAGUUUAUUUUCAUGACCUUGAUAUUCGAUUCAGCAGUAAUACUGUGAAGAGAAAAUAGAUAAUCUUCUCUCUUGGGGCUGAAAGGGUUAGGUGUAUACCUUUGAUUUGAUUGGCUGUUGGGAUUACGGUGUUUUUUUGGUUUUUUUGUUGCUUUUGUUGUUGUUGUUUUCUUUCUCGUAUUUUCUUUCUUUUUUGUUUGUUUUUUUUUAUUUUUUUCUACGACACCUAAUAGAAAAGCACUUGAUAACACACAAAUAAGAUUUAUUAAUGUAAUUACAUGGCUUUUAUCCUAAACAGAAAGACAUGAUUCCUGUACAUUACGCUGCUCUAAAUGACAGGGAAGAUAUCGUCGAAUUAUUUUUCAACGUGAGACCCGACACCAUGACACAGAUUAACGCGGUGAGCUCAGGAAAACCCCUCGUGUUUGUUUACUUGUUUGUUUUGUUGUGAUUUGUGCGACUGUAGGUAACGAAGGUGCAACUUAAUAACUUCGCCUCCGUCAAAUAUCUUUCAAAAUCAGAUGAAAUAAAUCAUAUUUUGAAAGUCAAUUUUUUGCCUCACUCCCAACAUGAUGCUUAGCAGUUCAAUUCCCAGUAGCACCCAACUUGUAUCGCGGAGGCCCGGGUACGAAUCUCGUCGAAUUCUGAAUUUUUCAGAAUCCUUUUCUAUAAUAACUUAAAUUGCAGUCCAACUGCGAGGGUCAAUUCUUGACUCAAUUAUCUCUUUCGCUUGCUUUUUCUUGUCAGGAGGGACUUAACGCGUUACACAUCGCCUCCUCAAAUGGAAGUCUCCAAGUUGUAAGGAAACUUGUUAAGCUCGACUUUGCCAAAUGUUCAUCUGAUAAGGUAAGGAUUUUUCAUAACCCUUUAACACUCAAAAGAGAUUAAGAUACAGCUUCUCCCCUCAAUAUCCAUACAUUAUCUAGCAAACAGAUAAUGAGAAGUACUCAGUUAUCAGUUAAUAUUUGUCAUUUUUAUCUAGUUCCAAAUUCUUGCAACUAAUUUACGACGAAAUGUGUUGCAACUGGAUGGGAGAAUUAACAAUCAGAUCUUGGGAAUGAAAGGUUUCAAAGAAAGAGUGAACCAAAUUUUAUUUGUAAAUCUCCCAACUAAACAUGACAGUAGACGGAUUUAGGCUAACGUGUUCACAUUUUGCGAUGCCACACAACUCAGACUAUACAAUUUUUCCUUUAUGCAAUUUGUCACAUGUAGAAGACUGCAUGGAAGUGUGUACGAACAGAACUUUUUCAGCCUUCUAUCACAUUAUCUGGAUCUAGGGAUAACAAGGAAAGAUUUAAACACACUAGCCUAAUUGAAGUUAUCUAGUUCUUGAACAGGAGAACAUGUAGUUUGUAAAUAUUCUCAUCGAUUCUUGUUAAAUUUUGUUGUUGUCUGUGUAAACGAGAAAAGGGUACCCAAAAAGCCAUUCCUAUGAAAAAUGGCGGGAGCAUGGAAAGUUCUUGGCAAAAUAGGAUUUCUGACAUGAACAGAGAUAUUGUCUCGGUUAUUCUAUUAAGACUGGGAUGCCGAAAGCAGAAUGUCAGUAUACACUAUAAUCCCUGAAUCAGACAUUAAGGUCACUUCAUUCCCCCUUCCAUUCUUCGCAUACUACUGCUGUCAAGGUUUCCUAUCAAUCUCUGGCCCUUGAUUAAUUUGUCGCGUAUAUCAAAGAAACUACCUUGCUAAACAGUUUGUCUCAAAAUCUCUUGUCCUGUAGGGCGUCUUGUGCAAACCUCUUCUGUUAGCUGCUCGCGGAGGCUAUAAAGACAUAGUGGAAUUCUUGCUUCAAAAUGGAGCUUCACCGACUGAAGAAGACACGGUAAAAACACCCUCAUGUAUUGUCCUGUUUUCAAUGUUAGGAACUGCCAGUUUCUCGUCAUAAUAAAUAAAACCAAAUUAAGCAGAGAGGUACUAAAUUUAAAGCAUUAUCAGUUAAGCAAUGUAGGAUGUAAAGCAAAAUGAGGCAACAAACUGUAGUAUUUUCCUCUGUUGAACGCGAAACGGGCGUGAGAAGUUCUGGGUAGCGGUCACAUUAGUUACCUCUUCAGAGAAAAAGUUAAGUUCCUUUACUCCAUCAUUUUCCAGCCGCUUCCGUUGUCGCCUCUAGCGUUGAAUAAGAGAACAUCUGAUGUGUGGUCAUCCACCUUGAGUUUUAUUCAACUCGCUGGUUCCUAACUGCACUUUGAGAUUAGCUCCUAACGUGUGGCUUCAUAGUUCAGGGUAAUUUAGCAUUAUCAACUGAGUUGAUGACGCAAAUUGGCCACAGUAUGUAGUUUCAAACCUGAGGUUUCGAGCGUUAGUCCUUCGUCAUUUGCUCCGACGAAGGGCUAACGCUCGAAACGGUGGCUAAUUUACGUUAUCAACUUGGUUGAUAGUACUAAAUUACCCUGUUAUACUCUCAACCGACGCAGCAUUACAGUUUCUUUAGAAACUAACCUCCUUGCUUCGUAGAUUAGUUGGUAAUAGAGCCCAACCAGUUUCUGGGAGGCCUAGGUUAGAAUUCCGUCGAAGCCCCAAAUUUUCAGGCCUCUUUUCUGCGCUGUCUCUUAUUGCAGUUUGUCUGUGAAGAUCGUCUCUUUGCGUGCACCGCACUUUGGGAUGCUCUGUGGUAAAAGAUACAUAUUUUGUUUCAUUCAUACUUGUAGGAGGGCAACAGUGUUCUACACUUAGCCGCCAAGUUUGGUCAAGUCAAAGUUAUUGAUAUGUUAUGGGGAAAAACACCACUUAACCGAACCAGUGUUAAGGUUUGUAAAAGUUUCUUUCCAUUCUUCUUUCCAUUCUUCUUGUGAUGUUCCUACAGGAGACUCUUUGUAAGUUAACCUUAAAAACUCCCAUGAGUAAUCAAAAAAAUUUUUCCUUACAAUAUCAAGCAGGCAAGUAAUGGGAAUAAAGAAAAAUAUCAAUUAGGGGGUUUUUAGUUGAUCCAAUACCAAAUUCUCCUAAGUGACAUCGUAAGAAUUGUAUGGCAACAAUUGUAUACAGUAAGGAGAACUUCUAACAAGAUCUUAGGAGUGACUGCGUUUAGGUUAUGAAAUGUCUUAAUUUUUUUCCCUUUCGAGCAACACCUCAACCCAUGGGUCUGUUCUCACAGGUACUCUUUGUGGUGGUGAUCAUCUGAAAGUGUCACUGGAAUUUCCCUUUUUUCAAGAGUUGGUACCUAAAAGUGGCUAAAAAAUACGACAUUCCUGUGGAAUUCAACCAUGUUCAAUUCCAUGUUAAAAUUCCCCCCCUCCACGGGCCCCCUUCGCGACAUGUUGCGGUGGUAACCGGCAAGUGGGUUGUGGUUAGUGAUGUAAUUUGUCAAAUUUCUUUCAGAAUGGAAUGACAGCCAUUCACGUUGCUGCCUUAUAUGGUCAGACAGAGGUUGUGCAGGAGUUUCUCACUAGGGCCCCUUAUUCUGCUACGCUCGUCAGUGAGGUGAGGUACCAAUAAUUGUUACUCAUCGUUGUGUGAUUUUUUAACUUUUCUGUGAAAACUAACCGACUGAUGAGCCUGAAAAAUAACGAUCUUGGUCUCCUUGUAUGAUAAAUUGUCUGAUGAUUUUCAGUUUGGUGAAACAUUUUGUACAUUUUUCAUGUAUGAUGUUUUUCAUUAGUCAGAAAACGGGCGCCUUAAGCGCUAAAACUAUAGCAGUCACAACAACCAAUCAGAACAAAGGGCAUACCAGAGGAAGCCAAUGAGAACUAAAAGUAAUCACGUGGGCCUGGAGAGCGGGAAAAUGUAUUCAUUAGUCGCGAUUAGUUUUAGAUUUGCAAGUGAUUGGCUGAGAAGAUGGCGUGUGUUUUCUGGACCAAUACAACCCGGAUUUCCCUUGACACCCCAGUGAAAAAAUCCUUUUAAGGUCUAUUUAAUAUGCUCUUUUUUUCGGCACAAAAAAAGAAAGGAUGUUAGAGUUUCUAACCGUGUUGCAACUUAGCUCUUCAAAAUCGGAUUAUCUCUUGUUUUUAUUUUAGCGUCCAGUUCAAGCCGAUGAUGAAGACGAAGACGAUGACGUGAGCACUUUUUUACUUUGUUUAGUUAUCGUUUAAUUAUUUACUUCUUUGAAUUGACAAUUUUGUAUAAAACUUAUUCAAAAGUAACGAAUAUGGAAGCGAUCCUCGCAAUUAUGAACACUACUUAACUAUUAGUGAAAAUAAGGCCUGAAAAAAAUUCAGACCUGUACAGGAUUUGGACCCAUGACCUCUGCCAUACCGGUGCAGCACUCCACCAACUGUGCUAAAAAGCCAACUAGGAGCUGGUCAUUUUGUUGGUUCCGAAUAAAGCCUCGAAGGGGUGAAUAAAUGACUGCAAAUACAGGAAAAUCAUGUAUAUGAACUGCGGUUGAAGAAAAAUUUUUUUUCAGGCCUUAUUUUCACUACUACUUAAGUUAUGUUCAUAACUGCGGGGAUCGCUUCCAUAUUCGUUUCUUCAACCGAAAUUCACACCUAAGAUUUUCAUAUAUUUACAGUCAUUUAAUCAAAAGUAAAAUUGAAUUUAAAAAGUACGGCAGUACUUGGCUUCCAUACCUCAAAGAAAGUCCACUGUCUCUACUCAAGAAAAUUCCAAUUUUUCUUUUUUGGUGAGAGCAUAAAGUUUCUCAGUGCAUGUUAUACUGUUUUUUAUGUCAGUAUGGUUUUACUUCUCUUCAUCUUGCCGCUCAAAAUGGCGACAACACCCUGGUGCGGGCCAUUACCAACCAUCCUGGCGUGCGAGUGGACACUGUGACCGGCAAGGCGGUAGGUUGAAUGCCUUCUUCUGUUCAAAACUCUUAGUACGCAAAUGAAUUCAGAGUGACUUACAAGGUGACAUCUUUAAGAUUUCCCCUCAAAACCACACCCCAAAGUAGACGUGGUGAGCAAGGCCCUCUGACAAAAUUUUUUAUACUUGUUCAUUCAUUCAUGUAUUCAUUCAAUUCUAAUCCGUUUAUUUCUUUUCCUAAGCUCGUGAUGUUCGGACGAUUUGUCAGCGAGACAAAUUUGAUUGCAUUGAGAGAAGGGAGACAGUUAAUUUGUUCUCACUUAAGAUUAUCAGUGUAUCAAAAGUAUGCGACACGACAGAGCACGUGCCCCGUGCUUUUAAUGACGUGGUUCAAGGUUCCUCUGGCUACACGCUUUUCUCUUCUUUCCCAUCUUUGCAGGGUCGCACAGCACUCCAUAUAGCAUCCAUGGAAGGUCACAUUGAAGUAGCCAGCACGUUGAUAAGUAAAGCCUCAGCUUUACUUCAGCUGACAGACAAUGAUGGUCGAACACCUUUACACCUCGCCUCUGCUAAUGGCCACAGGGAGCUGCUGACGAUCCUGAUUGGCCAGGGAGCUGAUAUUGACGCCCAGGACAACGUAUGCUAACUAUAGAUCAUUAUUUUGGGAAAUGCACGAUCUUAACUCCUUCCUUAUCCAAAGAAAAACAUCGUCAGAGUUUCUUGUUAAACAGUCUUUAACGAAAGUCGUGUUUUUGGGUUCUCUUUUUUUCAACCAACGGGACAGGCUAGAAGGUCUCGUAUUAAAGAUAUGUGAUUGUUUCUUCCUAGAUGGGUAAUACGGCUCUACACAUUGCCUCCGAAGCUGGUUAUAUUGCGGUGGUAAAAGUGUUGGUGGAGUAUGGAGCUUCGCCUUUGAUCGAAAACAAGGUCAGACGUAAAGAAAUUAUGUUAUCCCUUUUAGAGGGACUCAGCGUUUCUUGUAGAAUGCGAAAAACGCUCAUUUGCUCAUUUGCACUGCACAUUCCAGCCUCAGUUCAUCAUAUUUGUCAUCUUCAGUCCAUGUCAUUUCUCUUCCUUUGAACACACCUUUUUUCUUUUUGCUUUACACUCAUUUCUCUAAUUUUAAUCUACCAAAAAGAACUGUAUGUUAAAAUUUUUCCGUUUUCCUUCUGCAACCAUUAUGAAAAAUUCAAAGCCUUCAAUCUAGUGUGGAAGCGCGGUGGCUUCAUGGUUAGUGCGCUUGACCCCGGAUCGAGUGGUCCGGGCUCGAGCCCUGGCCGUUGUCAUUGUGUUGUGUUCUUAGGCAAGACACUUUACUCUCACAGUGCUUAUCUUCACCCAGGUGUACAAAUGGGUAUCAGCAGAUAUGCUGAGGGUAACCCUGCGAUGGACUAGCAUCCCAACCAGGGGGGAGUCGCAAUACUCCUAGCCGCUUCAUGCUAAUGAAACCGGAGUUAAGCGCCGGCCCCAUGGGCCACUUGGACCUGUAUAAGGGCUUACUUUUUUCCAAUCUAGUGUUCACGACCCUUCUCCUUUGAAAUUUAUUUGAUACAGUUUUUGACACUACAACAGUGCUUUUGCACUUAUGAUGGACCGCUGACCGAUGUCGACAGUUUGAGGCGUCGAUAUCUAACAUUUUGGUGUCGAUUUUCCUCCAGGCUGAAGAUGUACCUAUUUGUCUGGCAGUGAGAGAAAGACACCUUGGAGUGUUGGAUUUCCUACUCAGUCAAAGAGUAAAUCAUGAACGACUUCUGAGCAACAAAAAGGUAUUUGAUGGCUCUAACGUGUGAGUAAGAGACCAGUCAUCGUUUAUCACCUAGGAGGGAGGGAAGGGAGGGGAUGGUGGAUUUUGUAAGGAUCACAUGGUUUUCAGGGGGAACUGAGGUAGAUCAGCCGUCACUAACUGAGUAUGAAUUGAGGUCUGUAGAAAAUUGAAUGCCAAUAAUGGGGGAUCAACCAAAAUCCAAGAAGGCCCUUUGUACACCUAGAAAAUAUAUUUUAGGAACUUGUCAAACAGAACAUAUCAACCAUAACAAUAAAAUUUUUUCUGUCGAAUGUUCUGAUAAUUUUACGCUAAACUUUUAACGAUAAGUCUUAACGUGCUUAAGAGUGAGUAGUAACUCCUGUGGAUCACAUAAGCCACGCGACGUUGAUUUUAAGAUUUAUUGCAGGUUUUUUUCCUUCAUUGACCAACACUUUUUCCGAAUAGUUAUUAGUGAUUUAACCCUUUAACACCCAGCAUCUCAUUGGAAAUUCUCCGUAAUUUCUGUCAUACAAUUCUUAUGAUGUUAGUUCAGAGAGUUUGGUAUUGGAUCAACUAAUGAUCCCCUAAUUGAUAUUUUUUUAAUUCUCAUCACUUGUCUUCUUGAUAUUGUAUUGAUAUUGUAAGGAGAAAUUCUGUCUUGGUCACUUAUGGGAGAGAAAGGGUUCAUUUCUGGAUCCUUGAUUUUUAUCUUUUGUUUGUUUGUUUGUUUUGCAGUUUUUGCUGGACCUUGUGGUUUGUUCUCGUUCAUCCAAUUGCAAAUCUUUGAUGACCUUUACUCUCAGGUAGAUUUAUAUUUUAGGUUUGUUUAGUCAGUGGUUAUCUUAUCUAGAAAGCAAAAAUAUAAUAAUUUCCAAGUACACUCUAAUUUUUUUCUUUUUUACAUAUGGAUGUAUAAUUUAAAAAUACUACUGUUGUCUUCGUUUACAUCCAAAAUGAAGUGCUCGCUCUUCUUAGUAUUUUAACAAAUAUACAGAAAACUUGAUUGUGAUAGUAACAUAAAGCUGUACUAUGCCAAGGUCCUGGUCGAGCUCCGGUGAAAAUUGACGAAUUAAUAUGGGGGGCUAAUUAAAAAGGCUCCUUGAUACACUAACAUCUCGUUUCAGUGGAGGAGCAUUAAAGCUCUUAGUCGCUUCAUGCUCAGGAAACCGGGAUAAUCUCUGGCAUCGUGGUCUUCUCAGCUCGUAUGUCUUACUACGGUCUACUGUUACAGUUUCUGAAGGGAAAAGCGAUGAAAACUGAUAAUAAAGUUUUGUCCACUUUAUACUAAUGGUUUUGAAUACACAUCUUCUUGGGGGUAUUUUCCUCUGGUUCAAAUUCAAUUGAAACUGUUUGUGAUCUUCCAACCUGCACUGUAUGAGCACAUUUUGUAUUGCCACGCAUUUACUUUGAAGUUUCAUUAUUCAUUUAAUGUAUUUUAUCCACUUUUACUUGUAGGUAAAGUAAGUACUAGUUAGUUGCACCCCUCAAGCAAGUAAUGCUUUCUUCCUCGUCUUGUUUAGAUAAAGGAUACUGCUAACUUACUUACUUAAUUACUUACUUAAAACGGGAAGAACAAACGAGGUGACGAACAACCGAGUAUACGCGAACGAACAAACCAACGAAAGCGUCAUGUAAAACCGUAUUAAGUGAUAACUAGGUUGCGUGCUUGCAGGUCUACAACUGUGGUGAAGCUGCGUAAACACUCUCAUUCCCAUUCCUCUAGCAGUUUCGCCGGCCAAAACCCAGCUUCUAGCCACCCAGGUUGAGUAAUCAACAAGCCGAAAAUGUUACACCAGACAGAACUCCUGGUAAAAGCCAAUUAUUUACUCGAUAUCUUUUUUUUUUUUUUUUUUUUUUUUCAGUGCACCAGCCCCUGUGCACAUUUCAUCGUUCCUGUCGCGUCACUACCGCAUUGAAACUACUAGAAACAAAGAACACGCAAACGAGCUGGAAUUGGCCAGCGGUUUCUGCGAAACCGUGGCAAAGGACCUUAUCAGCAUCUCAUGUGCUGAGGAUUCUGGAGCAGUGCUCAACUCAAUUGACGGUAAAAAUGUGGCGUUCCUCGAUUUCCUGAUCGAAUGCGAGCUGAAACAGUGUGUUUCGCAUCCUUUGGUUCAGCAAUAUGUCACUCAGAUCUGGUUCGGUGACCUCAAGUGGGAGGACUGGAAAUUCAUGGUUUUGUUCCUCAUGGCAUUCUUGUUCCCGCCCAUUUGGGUAUACCUCUCACUUCCGUUCAAGAACAGGCACCGCAAGAUCCCCAUCAUCAAGUUCAUCUGCCGGCUCAUCUCUCACCUCUAUCUCAUCUUAAUUCUCUGUCUGACGGUGGUAGUGCCGUGGAACCACGACGGUAGCGACCUCUUACCCCACUGGUACGAAUACCUUCUAUUCAUGUGGAUCAUUGGUAUGCUCUUGACUGAGAUUAGUAGCGAACGGGAACGUAGCGGGCUUGGAUGGGUCCCUACCCUUGUGAUCUUCUUGGUACUGUUUGGCGAAUUACUUCGAAUGAUUGCAAUUGGUUACGAUGGUGAAAAGAGAGUUGAAAUCGUGUUCGCGCGGGACCAAUUUCUGGGCACGGCGCUGAUGCUAAGUGGUCUGCAACUUCUUCAGUUCUUGUCCAUUCACAGGUUAUUUGGUCCUUGGGGAGUAAUCAUCGGUCAUCUCGUUGUCGAUGUCCUUCGUUUUCUGCUCAUCCUGACAAUAUUCUUCUCCAGCUUCGCGUUGCAGCUCGCAGCAGUGUUUAAGCCAUUGGAGUUGAAGGCUGCCAACGACACGGACCGCGGUGCGAUCUCAGCAAAACCUGCAGUUCCCUUUCUGAAAAUCGUGGAACUCCUCUUCUUUGGUAUCUUUGGAUUGACAAAUCAAAAGGACUUUCUUUCAGACGAUAAUGUGCGAGCGAAAGACAUGUCUAAAGUGGUGUUCGGACUCUACAACGUGCUUGUAAUGAUCGUCCUAAUCAACCUCCUGAUCGCCAUGAUGAGCGACACCUACCAACGGUUGCAAGUCGCGUCGGAUGUGGAGUGGAAGUUCGGACGAGCCAGGCUUAUCAGAAACAUGGAACGCGAGACCUCCAACCCAACGCCGAUAAAUCUCUUCUCGAAGCUGGUCCAUGUCAUCAAGAUGCUGUAUAGGUCUCGCUGCAGGUGCCGAGUGCAAGAGAUUGCUGUGCAACAGGACGACAACAAUGGCGUAUGUGACACUCAGAGACGCCGGCGAUUGAGCGUCAUGGAUGAGUCCAUGGAUGAAGAUGCUUAUCAAGAAUGGAGUCUAAUCCAAUCCGUUGUCGACUGGGACAAUGUUGUUGAAAAGUUUCUGGAUUCCAGGGGAGAGAAAAGCUCAAGAGAAAAACACAGGCGGACACGACGAGAUCAAAGACGAAUCAUGCAACUUACCAAGUCGAUCGAUUUGUCUGGAGCCACAGACGAAGCUCGGGAUGAUAAAGUUCUCAAUCGCGUCGCUGAUGAAGCGGCCAUCAGAAUGAAUGUUCUUAAAUCCUUGAAAUUGUAACUAAUGCAGUACGUAAUGUUUCUGACAAGAAAUUCAGGUUCAUGAUCAAGCAAAGGUUCUCAGCCUUGACUCGUCCACUCAGACACUUUCUUAAGUGUUAGGAACCCUUAGAUUAGCCCCCCUAGUUUAUAUUUCUUCUUUGGUUUUGCUUCUAACUAUCCUCUGAACAACUUGUCGUAUUGUGCGUUUUAAAUUGUGGUUAUCAAGACAGUCAAUUUCACGACGCUGUUCAAGGGUAUCUCUUGCAUUCAUUUUUCUUUUCUUUUAUUUCAUCUCUUACGUGGAUAUAAAAGGACUGCACAUACACAGUAUUGGAAAAUUUACUUAUUAUUUCCAUGAAAACUUAUAGUGGUUUGAUCACCUGAAUGAUACCGUACGGUGUUUAGAUGAGGGAUAUGUGUGAAUCACACCCUUGCGGUUUUUUAUUUACUGUUCUUGAAAAACAGAGUAGACUCAAGAACCAUGAAGAAAACCAUGGCUCAAGAAACUGUUAUUGAACAGAUCAAGAUUCAGUUUCGUAACUAAAUAUUGCAGAGUUAUUUUAAAGCUACAGGCUUAUUUAUUUAUAGAUGUACAAGUUGUUUAAAGCCUCAUAAAGCGCGAGAUUUGGAUAUGCAAUGUGAUGCGC